AUGUUAGGAAAUCACUAGUAUUUCAAAAAAAUUCAUGAUGCAUUAUUUAAAUUACUUUAUGGGAAGCCUAAAAAAUUGAUUCCAAGAACAUUAGAAGGUCCUAUCAUUUGGCCUUUUUUUUAGAGAUCUUAAGAAAUUGAAAAAUUAAAACAUUUUAUAUCUUACGAAGAGAAUAUAUACAAAUAAUAAGUUAACUCCAAAAAUACAGUAUUUGUUGUUGGAGCAAAAGGAAGUGGUAAAAGUUGGUUUUUAAGAAAUGUUUGCAAAAAUUCAAUUAUUAUAGAUAAUACACAUAUAAAUUUUUAGUCUUUUUUUGAAUAGAUGAAGAAUGAUAUUAUUAGAUAUAUUUCAGAUCAAAAAUUAAUCACUAAUAAAGAGAUAUUAUAAAUUGCAUUAAAGAAAUAUUUGCCUCAAUACUUAGACAUUUAUUUUAAUUAAUUUAUUAGAGAUUAAUUAUCAGAAAAUAUUAAAUCGGAGUUGAAAAUCACAAUAAAUUAAGAAAAUUAAUUACCAAAAUUAGAUUGGGAUUAAGGAGAACUUUAAUUUUGGGAAGAAGAUGCAAAAUAAAUAUAAAUGAAUUCUUCUAAUUCAUUAAAUGUUGAAAAUAGUUUUGUUUAAUUAGCAAAAUUAAUAUAUAAAGAAGAAGAGAGUUUUGGAAGUUUAAAUCUUAUGAUGAAUCUGAUUCAAUAAAUUGAAAUAGAUAAAAUAGAUAAUCCAAUAAAAAUUAAUACUACAAUUGCAGGUAUAGUUUUAUUUAUUAAAAUAUAGCUCAAUAAUAAAUCGAUUUUCUCUUUGAUAUCUUAAAUUAUAUUUCAGGAUUCGACAAGGACAGUAAUAAGAAAUAGGAGAUUUCUCUAGUUUUAAUAAAUAUAGACAAGAUAUUUGAAUAUUAUAAAUACGAUAAGGAGGCAAUUGAUUUUUUAGAUCAUUUGAUUUUAAGAACAUAUAAUCCUUAUGGAAUUAGAAAUCAUUUCCCUUUAGUAAUUGAGUCAAGCAAUAGCAAAUUCUUUAAUAGAGAUAUGAUGGAAAUGAUGAAUAUUGAAUUAAAUACAGUAUUGCACAUAGACCUAUAUGAUAUUAAUAAAGAAUAGAUAAAAAGUUAGAUAGAAGGAAUAUUUACAUAGUAAAGCUUAGAAACUAAUUUAGAGAGGAAAUCGAAUAAAUUUAUGAACGCCUUGGAGGCUCAUUAUAAGUUUGGCAUUAAUUGACAAAAUAAGCUGUAACAAAUGAUGAAUUCGAAUUAGAGAAGUGGUUUGAAUAGUUCAAAAAGUUAGAAUACAAAAAAUUUAAUUAUUUAAUGAAUAUGACAUUAAUAAAUAAUGAAAUAAGCAAUUAACUUGACAAUAAUCAUGUAGAUGCUAAUAUUUUUAGAAUGAUGAAUGUAUUAAAGCAUUUUAAAGGGAAAAUGUUUACAGGAAAUUACUAUGCAGAUAUAUUACUGAUGGAAAAUUCAAUAAUUCAUGCUUUGUAAUAGGAGAAUAUUCUAUAUCAUCCUAAAUACAUUUCUCAUUUAUACUUUACUUAUAAAUAUUACAAUAUAUUUUGUGAUCAAUAUUUACAAAAAAGAAAAAGUAUAAAUUAAAAUAUAUUUAGAAUAAAUAUUGUUUUGGCCUGAAGAAGAGAAAGAUGCUGAUUAUUUUGUUUCUGCAUUUAAAUUAGAUAGAAAGAAAAGAGGUGAAUAUUUGAAGCAAAUCACUGAUGAACCAAGAAAAUACUUAUAUGAUGACAUAAGAAAAGAGGAGAGACCAUAUCAUGAGUAUUAUAUAUGA